AUGACCGAAGUUUGCCAACCUAAUUAAACAGGCUUUUUUCAUUCGUGCGGUUAAUUUAGUUAAUGUGAAUAGAAUGCAGCAACAUUAGCUUAUUAAUGUUAGCAUGAUUCUCCAUUUACACCAAAAGCAGGAAUAAUUAUAUCAUAUAUUCUUACACCUGUUUUAAUUGGCAUUGGAAUUCUGGGAGGAAUGGGAGGUAUUUAUAUGUCUUUACAAUUUUAAGGGGGAGUAUUGAAAGGACCACUUUUGGAAAUGAUUCUUAAUUACUCAUAAAGUGAAGCAACUCAUAUUGCAUAUUGUUUUAUGUUUGGAGGUACACUCCUCAACACAGCACUAUUAAUGUUUGAAAAAAAUCCAGAGGAUGAGAGAAGACCAAUCAUAAAUUAUAGAAUUGCUAUAAUCUUCAAUCUUGCAGUUCCAUUUGCCACCAAUCUUGGCUCAUCCUUAGCGUCAUUUCUACCUUAAUUAUACACUCUCAUUUUAUAAGAAUUGUUUUUAUUUGGAGUCGCCCCUAUUCUUUGGUAAAAAGCUAAGGAUGCUAAAAAGGCAGAACUCAAAAUUAGCGAAGGAUCUAAAAAAGAAAAUACUUAAAAUUUAAAUGAUUCUAAUCUAAAUCCAAAAAUAGAGUUGCAGACUAUAGAAGGGAUACAUGAACAAUAAGAAUAUAAAAUCUCUGAUGCAAAUUCAAACGAAUCUCUUUAUUCUCAUUUUAAACAAGAAUCAGAAAAUAUAUUACCUUUGAUGCCAAUCCUCUUUAUUUUAGGAUCAUUUGGAUUAAAUUAAAUAUUUAUAUAAAUGCGAUCAACAAAUCCAAACAAACCCUCUUAUGUUGGAAUUGAAGAUUGUACAUGGUAAAACGAUUUUAUGAUAUUUAUCUUGAUCCUAGCCAAUGUCUUAUACGAUUAUUUGAUUUGGCAAUUCGGAACGAAAUAAGAGAAACAAUUUAAUUAAAUUAACUUUUUACCAAAAGAAAGAUACUUUACUCCAAUCAGUAAAUUUUUUAAGAUUUAUGCUGGUGGAUUUUUAGCAGGAUUUGUAUCAGGAUUCUUAGGAAUGGGAGCAGGAUUUGUAAUGGUUCCAACUCUAUUAUUUAGUGGAUUAAUCCCGAGAUGUGCUUCAGCUACAUCAGCAUUCAUUUAUUUAAUGAUUUCAUUAAAUAAUUUAAUUACUCUCCUGACUAAUCAUUACUUAGACUGGCAAACCAUCCUUCUAUUUACUGGAUUAGCUAUUAUUGGAGGAUCUAUUUUUGCUAAAAUUGGUUAUAUCUUAUUGGCUAAAUACAAAAUUGGAUAUUUUGUGAUCUUAAUUGUUUUUUCUCUUGAUAUAGCCAAUAUCGUUUCGUAAAUAUAUUAUGGAGUCGUCUUUGGAAAAAGAUAUGGGUUGGACUAUCUAACCCAUGCAAAUAAAGAGUGUUAGUGA